AUGUAUAUUUCUAAGACUGCACAUUUUCUACUGGAAUUGGCUGCGCUGGUCGCAACCCACGGAUAUGUUAGUAGUAUUGAAGUGGACGGUAAAACAUACGGUGGCUACCUUGUUGAUACCUACUACUAUGAGUCUGAUCCACCAGAGCUGAUGCCUUGGUCGACCAAUUCCACGGACGAUUAUUACGUUGCUCCUACUGCAUAUAACACUUUGAUAUCGAGCUCUCUCAGCCCCUAUGAAGCCCGGUGGCUCGGUCAAGCAUCUCAAAGCGGCACUCUGGGAGAAAGUUUGUACAAGGAUACUGAUCCCGGCACCUACGUGAACAUCUGGCAAACCGUCAGCACUUAUACUAUCCUGGGUCCCGCUCUCCACACUGCCGGCAGCGUUUCCACUGCUACCUCGACAGUCGCUUCCACAACCGCCACUACCGCGACUGCUGCGACUGCUGCGACUGUCACGAGCGUGCCUAAGACAAGUACUGCUGAGAUAUCUGCCACUGAGGCGUCUGCUUCAUCUAAGACAACAGCGGUCUUCACACCGCAUGCUCAGGCUAACGGAGCUGCCCCUGGAAAUGUCCAAGCCCCCAACGGACAAAUUGAUCAGGGCCAAUCAAGCAAACCCGCCAGAAGUACUGCCGCUACCAGCACCUCUAGCACCUCCCCUGCUGCCUCCGGGGUUCUGAGCGAAUCUUGUAGCCAGGAAGACUAUUGUCACUGCAAUGGCGGUACUGCAUUCCAGCGCUGUGUCAACGGAGAGUGGGAUGCUUCCCAAAGCGUGGCUUCCGGGACCAAGUGUGAUUCUGGAGUCUCUGAGUAUCCGAUAAUAUUAGUCUUGAAGAAACACAGUGAAAGCAUUCACUUGCGUCGCCAGGCCAUACACAGCCAUGCUUAA